AUGACAGUGGAAGAGGCAAACUCGCUUACAACAUGGUUUUCUUCUCUUGUUGGCAGUUCUACAUCUUCUGGCUCAAAGCUUCCUGAGCAAAAGGCCGUUGAUGCAGACGAAGACAAGUGGGACCGUGAGCGUGCAUUCGACAUUGCAGACAGCCUUGAAAAUGGCUUGGCCCGGGAAAUCGUGACAGAGUUUAUGCAUCCAUUGCGCAGAGCCAGCAAGCUCUGGAAGUUCCAUGUGAUUCGAUCUGAG